CGAAAUCAGGAUAUUUGGAGAGAGAAGGAAAGUAACACGUUGGUGCAACAUUGUAUGAAAUUUAGGAACAUAACUUGUAUCUUAUUCUGAGCAACAUUGAUGAAAGCAACGUAUAUAUUUUUCCUUACAUGUUGCAGUAAUCAGGGCGGUAGAGAUGUUACUGGUCACAGGAUGUGGUGAUGAGGCAAUCAUCUGAAGGACUAUUCCUCUUUCGCCCUGCUGCGAGCGGUCGGAGGUAACAGAGACCGGUCGUCAGGCAACACCCAUAUCUGGAGGCGAGUCGAGCAAACUCAGACAGGAUGGCGUCACAGGAAGGGGGGGAGCCUCCUCCUAACGGCAGCCAAUCAGACAGCCGGUUGAAGAGCAAGAAGCCGCCCAGUCUGGUCAUAGCCAUCCCUGCCCCAGAGGGAGAAGAGCGGGUUGAAGAGGGAGCUGAAACAGUCAAGCAGCCCCUGCGUUCGUCCCUGAAGAAGAGCGAGAGCCUGCAGCAGGCCAGUCCUCUGUCUGACAGUGGUACUGAUUGUGGUGGUGGAGGAGGUUACAAUGUUGGGGACAGGAGGGCAGCCUUCCACAGACAGACCUCCCUGUCUCAGAGCAUACGCAAGGGUACAGCCCAAGCUACAGCCCAGGCAGCAGGUUGGUUCGGGGUGGGUGAGGACUGUGAGACCAAGCAGCAACUAUGGCAGAAGAAGAGCCUGCGCCACUGCAGCCAGCGCUACGGCAAGCUCAAGGCCCAGUACAGAGAGCCAGAGCUCCCCAUCAGCAUGGACCAGGGCCUGGACUCACCCGCCGCAAACAAGAUGCCCAAGAUUGUGGACCCCCUAGCUCGGGGGCGAGCGUUCCGUUACCCGGAUGAGACGGACCGACCUCCACGUACCCCCCACACGGGACCCGUCACCCCGGGGUUUACCUCCCUGUCCUCCUUCACCUCCCAGCGCUCGGGGGGCUACGCCCGUCUGCCCCAACGCAAGAGGGAGUCUGUCGCUCGCAUGAGUAUACGAGCAGCGUCCAACCUGCUCAGGGGUCGUUCGGGUCUCGUGGGCUCCCAGACCGGUCGUAGUUUCCCCCGGCGGAGCUUCGCCCGGCCCAGCUGGCUGGAGGAGGACACCGUGGACUCGGCAGACACUCACGGGUCCGUCUUCUUCAGCAAGGUGGAUGCCCAUGAGGAGUUAUACUCCAUGGCUGAUGAUGUGUUCGAGUCGCCCCCUAUGUCGGCUUCCUACGGAGACCACCAUGAGCCCUACCAGAGCCUUAGGGACGUGUCUAAAACCCCCACCAUGCAUAUUGAGAAGGCCGGGUCACAGCAGCGGGGGCGUCGUAUCGCCUCGCAGGUCAAGCACUUUGCCUUUGACAAGCCCAAGCGGCAGUACGGCAUGGGCGUGGUGGGAAACUGGCUCAACCGCCACUACCGCCGCAGCAUCAGCAGCCAGGUGCAGAAACAGCUGGACGACUUCAGCAGCCACAGACCGUACUUCACCUACUGGAUCACCUUUGUCCACGUGGUCAUCACCAUCCUGGCCUGUGCUACCUAUGGCUUUGCCCCGGUGGGGUUCGCCCAACACUCCACCUCUGAACUGGUGUUGAAGAACAAAGGCAUCUAUGAGAGCGUCAAGUUCAUCCAGCAGGAGAACUUCUGGAUCGGCCCCGGCUCUGAGGACCUAAUCCACCUUGGAGCCAAGUUCUCCCCGUGUAUCCGCAAGGACAGCCAGAUAGUCAGUCUCAUCCAGAAAGCCAAGGACCAGGAGAGAGAGUCAGGCUGCUGUGUACAGAACGACAACUCAGGCUGUGUCCAGACCCUCAGCAACGACUGCUCGGAGUCAUUGGCCACCUUCAUGAAAUGGAGGGAUGAAGAUGUGGACAUUCUGAGGUCGUCAGGCUCUGUGUGUCACCAGGACCCCAGGACCUGUGAAGAGCCCGCCUCCGCAGAGCCUCACAUCUGGCCCGAUGACAUCACACAUUGGCCGAUCUGUACCUCCCCCCGCAAGACGAACCUGACAGGCUACAGACACAUGGACUGUAACCUCAAGGGGCGACCCUGCUGCAUAGGAACUAAGGGCCGGUGUGAGAUCACUACGAGAGAGUACUGCUCCUUCAUGCACGGUUACUUCCACGAGGAGGCCACCCUCUGCUCCCAGAUCCACUGCCUGGAUGAUGUGUGUGGCCUCCUGCCCUUCCUCAACCCUGACAUCCCUGACCAGGUCUACAGGCUGUGGCUCUCCUUGUUCCUACACGCAGGCCUCCUCCACUGCCUGGUGUCCGUAGUGUUCCAGAUGACUAUCCUGAGAGACCUGGAGAAACUGGCUGGCUGGGUCCGCAUCUCCCUCAUCUACGUCCUCUCUGGCAUCACCGGCAACCUGGCCAGCGCCCUCUUCCUCCCCUACAGAGCUGAGGUUGGCCCAGCUGGCUCCCAGUUCGGGCUGCUUGCCUGCCUGUUUGUGGAGCUCAUCCAGGGCUGGCAGAUGCUGGAGAAGCCGUGGAAGGCCUUCCUCAAGCUGGUGGGCAUCGUCUUCUUCCUGUUCCUGUGUGGCUUGUUGCCCUGGAUCGACAACAUCGCCCACAUCUUCGGCUUCCUCAGCGGCCUGCUGCUCUCCUUCUCCUUCCUGCCCUACGUGACGUUCGGCGACUUCGACAAGUACCGAAAGCGUGUCCUCAUCCUGCUAUCGCUGCUGGUCUACCUGGGCCUGCUCUCCUCGUUGGUUGUCUGGUUCUAUAUCUACCCCAUCAACUGGCACUGGCUGGAGCACCUCACCUGCCUGCCCUUCACCGGCAAGUUCUGCGAGAAGUACGACAUCGACCAUGUGGUGCACUAGAAUAGCACUCACUAAAGCGCUAACAGCUAAUGCUAGCUGGCUAUUGAACCUGGACAUUCACUAAAGCGCUAACAGCUAAUGCUAACUGGCUUUAGAACCUGGACAUUCACUGAAGCGCUAACGGCUAAUGUGAGCUGGCUUUAGAACCUGGACAGGAAGCGCAGUGGAAAAUACUUUUAAGGGAAACGGAACUUAAAGGGAGAGCGCACCUGGUUCAUAUGCCCGUAAGCACCCAGGGUAUCUACGCACAUUGCCUUCAAGACUGUACAGCUAUGCUAGUUCCUCUGGAGAGAACGACUCAGUCUGAGCGUGGCGUUAAAGUGGACUUGGAAGACGACAGAGGAUAUCCUGCCCUGUCGUUUCAUAAACUGUCACCUUAAUACUACAGAGGCCUCUUAUUUGUUACCUUUUGUACUCAUUUUCUACAACACUGGAUGUAUCUAACACUACGUGAUAUAGCAUUUCAUUAUGUUCAAAUACUUUGAAUUAGCUGUUCAUGUGAGCAUUUCACUAUGGUAUUGUAUACAGUUUGUCACUGGCUGGAGCGUUGUUUCAACUUGAACCUAGUUUUGUGUGCUUUUCAUGACUUUUCCAUGGCACUUUUUUGGGGGGGGACCAGUUAAGUGUUAAGAAUUCCAUCCAAUAGCAGUUACCUUUCACAAUGAAUUAUACCGUACAGACAGUGUCAAUAAAAUAGUGUUAUUGUAUCUGUAAAUGAUGCUUGUUCUUCAUCUGAAGGAUUGGUCUGACCUUCCAAAUCCUGCCUUCCAAUCUGCCUAGGUUAUUUAUGGCAACUGUAGGUGCUUGAUAAAUAUACAUCUAACUAAUUCCAAUUGAACUGCGUCACUGCCCCAAAGACAAGCGGUUGGCCUUACGGAAGGCUUUUCAGUGUAAGUGCACUACUAAUUAAACACGUUGACUUGUUUUGGCCAUAAUUGUGGCGUUUCACUGGACACUGUGGUAUAGGUUUGAUACGCAAACGUUAAUUAAACGUAAUAUCGUAAGAUUAUAGGAUCUGACUGACCGUCCAAAAGGCAGUAUGUGAUCUGAUAGAGCAAACUAGAAAGUCCAUGUUGUUUCACUUCAAACUACGAUGUGCUUGCACUAUAUCUCUACAGUAAUAUAUAUAUAUAAUAAUUAUAGCACUUCAGUGCUAUCAAAGCAAAUUACUUAUCAAUGUGUUAUGCGUAUAUAUUUAAAAAGCGAACGAGAAUCCAUGUACUGUGUGCCUUGAUCAAUGGCCAUUGAUUCAAGAAAGGCUGCUAGUCACUCUUGCCAUUUACAGAUAUCAAAAUGGCCAACAGAGUUUCUGCCAUCCCGGCCUGCUCCUGGUCUCUUGGAUUAUGACUCUCUCCUCUGGCAGCUGUCCACUCUUCACUGCUUAGGACGUUUCCUGAGAGGUGGAUUACUGCGGUGAUGUGGAUUAUUUGAGCAGGAUUUACUAUGCUUUGUUAAGUCACUUUACACACCAGCAGUCAACUGGUGGCGUUAAUGGCCGACUAUGUCAAUAACGUGCAAUUCUUCGCAGGUGUUGGUUGGACGAUCGUUGAGUACAGUUUUACAUUGUUUUGUCAUUUGGGCAUUUAAAUGGUUGUGACCCCAUUUCAUUUGCUAGGAAUCUGUCCCUCUUUUCUUUUUACAUGAACACUUUAGCACAGUCUGCUCCUCUUCAUAGGAAUUCACCGUGCCUUCUGAAAUGUGUGUAACCCUUGAAUUUGAGUGUCUGUAAAUCGGCAAGCAUAAAUGCAUAAGUCUGUAAAUGCAUUUGGACCAAAUUGAUUAGUUAUUUAUUGGAAUAAAAAAGUACUUAUACUUUGGAAUUUGCUCUUUUACUGAGAUAUUGUGAUAUUAUUGUUGCAGUUUUUAAGAUAUUACCCUUACGUGUAUGUACAAAUUCAAACGAUGUUCUUAAAAAUAAAUGUAAAUGUCAUAAUGUUUUCCCUUGUCUGUCUUGAGCUCAUAGAUUCAACUACCGGUAACCUUUUGUGAAAAUGGCUUGAGGAACUACUUCUUUGGAUCUAUGCUUCUGAACUAUUUCUCUUGACAAUCGCAUUCAGCCGGGUAGCGUGUUGGUGCUUGAAAAGCUAGGAAUAGAAAUACUGUUGUAGAUUCACCCUCUUCAAGAGAGAUUUACUCCACAACUUUAAUCUCUGUGGGUCCAGUUUUUGCAAACUGAGAAGUUGAAAACAAGUUGCUUUGUCUUCUAAAUCUGGCAUUUGUUAAUCAUAGAAACCCUACAGUGUAAUGCAUUUCUACAUUCCAAGUGAAAGGGAAACAGUCAGAAACAGAAAUGUUUGAAAAAUAGUUUAUUUUCAAAAUGUUAUAAAA